AUGCACCUGAAGGUUGGUUUUUCGCACUUUUUUCCAUUUUGUAACUGAAUGUUCAGGUCUGUUUCUUGAUUCUGGUGCUUCUCGGCUUUUUUGCGCCGAUCGAAGCGAGAGCUCCUUUUUUGAAACGAUGGGGCUCUUUCUGCCGUUCGGAAAGCGAUUGUGGUUGUGACCAAGUUUGCGAGAAUAAUGUGUGCGGAUCGAAUCCCGCCCACUUUUACUGCAACACGCACAAAGAUUGUUACUGUAAUAAGGCUUGCCUCAACAAUAUGUGCUUCACUGCAUGA